CGGAAAUGGCAGUAACUUCAAAUCCCAUGAACCCUUGCGGUAAGUCUAUAGGCUGAUCACAUGACAGUUGUCACAACACGGCAUUGUGGGUUCCUGUAUUUCUGGUGGAUCAUUUAAUGAACAGUGAACUUUUACAGAAGACAUUCCUCCCGGAAUAAAGGAGCAGACUCUCCAGGGCGUUAGUGCAGAUUCGUGGUGUUUGUGUGAACAGUGGAGUUAUAGUGAGGAGUCAUGAUCAGGAGAUGAUGGAGUUUGUGAUUGUCGGAUUUUCUCUGCUUGCUCUGUGCCAGGCUGCAGCUCUGCCCAACUUCGUGCUGCUGUUUACGGAUGAUUUGGGUUAUGGAGAUCUGGGUUUCUCGGGUCAUCCCUCAUCACUCACACCGAACCUGGACUGGCUAGCGGCUCACGGGCUCCGGUUCACCGACUUCUACUCCACCAGCCCCGUGUGCAGCCCGUCCAGAGCAUCUUUGUUGACGGGCCGUUAUCAGACACGCUCUGGCAUCUACCCUGGUGUGCUGUACCCGGGCUCAAUAGGUGGGCUUCCUCUCAACGAGACUACCAUCGCAGAAGUACUGAAACCACUAGGCUAUGCCACAGCCAUGAUGGGGAAAUGGCACCUGGGCUACGGGGCUAAUGGUACUUACCUGCCUACACGACAAGGCUUUGACCAUUAUCUUGGCAUCCCAUACUCUCAUGACAUGGGUCCUUGUCGCAAUCUGACCUGCUUCCCUCCUGAUGUGAAGUGCUUUGGCAUCUGUGAUGUCGGUACAGUAACCGUGCCUCUGAUGAAGGAGGAAACCAUCACGCAGCAGCCUGUAGAUUUUAUUGAUCUGGAAGAUGCCUAUAGUCAUUUUGCCACAGAGUUCAUCCGCAACGCAACUCAGAAACAUCAACCUUUCUUCCUCUAUUAUCCCUCUCAUCACACUCACUACCCACAGUAUGCAGGGUGGAAAUCUGUGGGCCGGUCACUCAGGGGGCCAUUUGGAGACGCACUACUGGAGUUUGACUCCACUGUAGGAAACAUCCUGAAAACUCUGAAGGAAACAAGAGUCCUUGAUAACACACUUGUCUUCUUUACAUCUGACAAUGGGCCAGAGCUUAUGCGAAUGUCUCGUGGAGGAAAUGCAGGGAUGUUGAAGUGCGGUAAAGGCACUACGUAUGAAGGAGGAAUGAGAGAGCCUGCUAUUGCAUACUGGUCUGGAGUCAUUAAACCAGGUGUCACUCAUAGUCUCUCCAGUACUCUAGACAUCCUGCCUACCUUUGCCAGAUUGGCUGGAGCUCCAUUACCCAAGGUUCAGCUGGAUGGUGUGGACAUGGUUGAUAUAUUGUUCAAUCAUGGAACAGGUCAAAGGAAGGCCAUGUUUUACUACCCAGUUGACCCCAGUGAGAAGUAUGGUGUGUUUGCAGUGAGAAUGGGAAAAUAUAAAGCUCAUUAUUAUACCAGAGGAUCAGCACAGAGUGACACAACUCCAGAUAAGGAUUGCGGGUUAUUCACCCCCCUGACGUAUCACGACCCUCCUCUGCUAUUUGACCUGGAGUCUGACCCGUCUGAAAACUACCGCUUAAAUGUGAAGGCUCGUCCCGAGCUGGUCAGCGUGCUGCAGAAUAUCAAGGACCUCAAGGACGGGUUUGAAGCCUCGAUGCAGUUUGGAGAAAGUGAGAUUAGAAAAGGAACUGAUCCUAAACUGGCACCAUGCUGUAACCCAGAGUGCUCUCCCAAACCACAAUGCUGCCGGUGUGGGACUACUCUCUGACCAGUUCAUUGCUAAAUAUUACAGCUUUAUUUCUUUAAAAGGGAAGACCAGAGAUGAUAUAAUGUAUUAAAAUCAGUCACUACCACUCAAAAAUCUGCAGUAUUUAAUCAGUACAGAGAAUGAAUACCUGUGUUAAAUGUGUUUUAUAAUAAACAUCUCUUUGUUUUUACAUUUAUUAUCUAACACUGGACAGGGGUGGAAUCUGUUCUGAUCUGAUUUCUAUUGAUUCAUGGAUAUUGGUUUUCUGUUUUGAUUCAGAAGUAUUAUAAAAAUCAUGAAGAAUUAUGUCUUCUAUUAUGCUAUAGCUCUAACAAUAAAUAAUACACAUGGGUAAAUAGGCUUAUUAGUAAAAGGGCAAUGAGGAAGUUUAGUCUUUAUUUUAAAUCCAUCUCAGAUUGCUUUUAUAUGUUUUGUUUAAGUUAUUUUAAAAUUAAUUUAUUGCUGUUUUUAUUAUUUUGGAUACAUGUAAUAGAAUUUAUCAGUAUGUGGCAAAUGUUUUUUACAUUGAAGUGAAUU